CAGGUACUAAUGCAACAGUCCAGGUAUUAGCUAUCGUCUUGUCAAUUUUGAACCCACCUUCCUAUCACCUUGCCUUCUCACAGGUCGGAACACUAGGUCCGACCCGACAAAUGCCUGAAACUCUUGAGCAUCCGCCUUAAUGGCCCAACAACUUGUGGGGCCUUUUGCUCCUUCACCAGCUUCAGCGCAGCCAGCGGCCCAAACGGAGGCCCAGCAAGGCACUGCUGGAGCGGACGGGGUUGGAGCGCCGCUAAAGACGAGGAAACAGUAUACUAUAUCUAAGCGUCGUGAGCGCUGGACGGAUGACGAGCACGCGCGGUUUGUGGAGGCUCUCAAGCUGUAUGGCCGCCAAUGGCGCAAGAUUGAGGAGCAUGUCGGCACCAAGACUGCAGUCCAGAUUCGAUCCCACGCACAAAAGUAUUUCAAUAAGCUGGAGCGAGCUGGUGGUGGCGCGGAAGCCAUUGAGGUGCCUCCACCACGCCCAAAGCGAAAGACAGCGCCUCUUCCGCAGCGUGGCGAACAGCAGAGAGGGACCACUGGUAGCGAUGGUGCAGGACAGGGAGGCGAGGAAAACGGCUCUGACGGCGGCAACGCCCUGCAGCCGCUUACAAACGAUGACGACUGGUUGCCGUCCGCGGAUUUGCAGCAGCACCUGCAGCAGCUUCAGCCGUUAAGGCAAGGCUCGCGACCGCCCAGUCAGCCGCCCCCGCUGCCGUUAGGACAACCAACCGGGACGUCACCGCAACGGCUCCAACCGCUGUCCUCGCAUGCGCUGGUGCCGUUUCGCCCCCAGCUGGCUCCUCUGGCCGGCCCCGGUCUGACAGCCGGGCAGGACCUCCGGUCCGCGGCAACCGCCCUCCAACCGCCGCCUGCAGCUGCCGUGGCGGAUCCCCUGCCUGCGUCCGCUCAGCUCGCCCAGCCAUCGCAGAGCAUGCUGCCGCUUCCCGCCGUUCCCAGGACCCUCUCCCUGCCAGUGCUCGGCGGGCCGUCGCAGCAGCUGCUGCUGCCGCCUCCAGGUGCCGCCGGGCCGCCACCGCUGCAGGCCCCCCAGCCCUCCCAGCCCCAAGCCCAGUCCCGCUCACCGCCCCCGCUUCCGCAGCCCCAGCCGCCUCCUCCGCGGCACUCGCUGGCCGACAGCAUCGCGCGCAACAUCGCGCUCAACAUGGCCCAGUGGGCGCAGGCGCAGGUGGCGCUCUCCGACGCGCCGGGCGCCUCCGCCAGCCACCUGGCAGCGUCGCACGGCGGCUCGCCUGACCGCCACCGCCGUCAUCUCAGCCGCCGGUGAGGCCAUUCAGCAUCGGAUUCAGGAGAAGGCCGCCGCCGGCUUCCUGCCGUUCCUGGUGCACCCGCUGGCGGAGCUGAUACCGCCCACUCUGGCCGCCUCCGCCAGCGGCGCCACCACCUCCGGGCACAGCGCCCCGCCCUGGGCGCUGUCGCUGCCAGGCCAGCAGCAGUCGCUGCUGCACGUGCUGGCAGCGUCCAGCAGCGGUCGGGGUAUGGGCGGAUCCGGGCUGUACAGCCACCACCACCACCACCACCACCAUCACCACCACCAGCCGCCCUCGCAGUCGCAGCAGCAGUCACAGCAGCACACGGCGCCGCAGUCCGCCCGCCCGUACCGCUUCUCGCUAGACCAGGGCGCGCCGUCGGGGCUAGGCGGCCUCACGGGGAGCGACCCGCUCACGCACACCCAUACGCACACCCAUACACACACGCGUGACGAGACCACCACAGGUCAGCUCACGGCGACUCCCGGCAGCAGCCAGCAAGUGCAGCAGGCGGUGUCGGGGCCAACCAACAGCCCGCAGCACAUGUCGCCGAACCUGGCGGCGGCGGCGGCUGGCGGCGGCGCCGUCCCCAGCGGCAGCGGUGGACUGGGUGUGACCAGCAGAAGUCUGAUGCGGAUGGCUAGCCUGGGGGCACAGACACAGCCGCUGUCGCUGUCGCUGGCUGCUCUCGGCGGGGUUGCUGGUGCGGGUCGUGGCCUUGGAUUGGAGUCGCAGCCGCAGCAGCAGCAGGCGCAAGCAUGGGAGGCGGGUCCUGGCGGCGCUUCGGUGUCGCUGCAUCCCUCCGCGUCGGAGCUCAUGCACGCUCUAGCACUGACGUCACCUUGGGAUGAGGAGCCAGGUCAACAGCAGCAACAACCCUCCAGAGAGGGACUGGGGCGGCUGAUGGCUCAUGGGUUGGCCGCAGCCGCAGAGGGCAUGCUGGGUUUAGACACGCAUCCUUCCGCAUCCGCUGCGACCCUCACGAGCGCGGAAGGCCUCGGGGCGCUGAUCGCAGCUGCUACGCUGGGGGCGGCGGGCGUCGCCACCCAGCCCCAGCCCCAGCCGGGACCUCCGCUGCCUGCGCGGCCGCCACAGGACCCUCAGGCGCCGCCGCCGCCCCCGCCGCAGCACCUGAUGGAUACGCAUGCGUUGCUGCCUGGCUCAGGUCCCUGCUCGGCCUUCCAGGUCCUCCGCCCUCCCCCUGCACAUGGCCAUCCGCCGCAGCCGGCCCCUGGCUUGGCGCUUACCUCCCUCUUUGAUCCACGUAUGCGCGCGAGAGAACAGCACCAACUGCAAGACCGGCAGCAGCAUUGGAAGGAGCAACCGCCGGAGCAACUGCAACAGCAGCCGCAGGUGGAGCAGCUGGUGCAGCACAACCUGCAACAGCGUCAGGAGCCUGGCGACAUGGGCAGCGACCCACGGGUCCGUGCACGUUCGCCGUCCCCUCCACGUGAGCAUCACCACCAUCACCAUCAGCCGGUGGAGGCAACGCAGCAGCUGGCGUCACGGCGUCACCCCCUGCCUCCCCAGCCCCCCCAUACCGACGUCCAUCUCGGAGGCUCCCAGCGGUCCCAGCAGCGGCAGCAGCAGCAGUCCUCCUCCCAGCAGCGGCAGCAGCGCCCAUCCUCCGACGCCAUCAAGCGUGAAACAGCUUCGCAAGACGAAGCCAGGCAGGAGGACCGAGGCCGAGAGCGGGAGCGAGACCACCACCAUCACCACCACCAUCAUCACCAUCACCAUCAUCGCAAUAGCGACCGAGACAGGGGCUCAAGGUCUGCUGUCAUCGCACGCAACGGCGGCGGCUGUGAGACCGAUGACGGCCAGCAGCGCCCGGGUGAGCCUGGCGCCGCCGGGAGGCCCUCCUUGGAGCUGGCGGAGGCUGCGGACAAGUCCUCCGGGGCCUCGGGAUGUGCCGCCAACGCGGGGGCGCAGGCGGCCGCUGCAGCGGGCCGGGCCGCGCAACGGGUCGGGGCCAACGCUGGCGACGCAGCAGCAGUUGCGGCAGGGAAGCCACUCGACAGCGCUCGACACCACCAUCACCAUCAACACGGUGGGGGUGAGGUGCGGCAUCCGGAUCUCGACAUGGGAGACCCGCCGGGGCUGCUGGGUGACGGCGACGCGUCUGCCGGGUUGUCGCACCGCUGCCUGACCUCGCGGCGACCGCACCAGGACGCCGGCGGACCGCAUCACCAGCAGCAGCAGCAGCAGCCGGCCGCGCAACGUCCCGACAGCUCUAGCGGCGGGGAGGCAGCACAGGAGCAGCAGCAGUCGCACCACCACCACCAUCACGCGGGCAGCCAUGCGAAGCCGCACCCGCACCCGCACCGACUUCCCCAGCCUCCGCAACCUGCUGCUCCUCAGGGGCAGCAGCCCGGCCGAGACAGCCGCCACCAGCAACACCAGCAGCGGCAAAGGCUGCCUUCCAGCGGCCCGCAGCCGCAGGAGUCAGCUCGCCAGGCCGGCAGCGCACCCGCACACCGUCACCAUCAUCAUCACAACCCUCCCAGCAGCGCCGCUGGCGGGGGCGGCGGCGGCGGAUGGCUCGACGACUACGGCCUCGCUGCGUCCGGUGACGGCGCCUACCAACUGGGUCAGCUGCAGUACCUGUCGCAGCACACGGGCCCCGGGCUCAGCGGCACCACCGGCUCCGCGCUGAACAGCCUGCAGGAGGUGCUGCAUGGGCCCGACCUGGCGGCCAUGGUGCCGCUGCUGGCGCCCUCAUGCAACGUGGCGGGAGCCGGCGGAUCGGGUUCCGGAGCCCCGCUGCAGCAGGACGCCGCGGCGGCGGCGCAGCUGGCACGGCUGUCCGGCUCUGCGGAGCAGCAGCAGCCGCACCAGCAGCAUGCGGGGAGGCAGCAGGGGGGCCAGCAGCUACGGCAGCAGCAGGGGGCUCAGACGCAGGGGACGGACCAGCAGGACGGCGGCUCGGGCAACGGCACGGAUGUGAAUGUGUACAUCCGGGAUUGCUCGCUCAUGUCGCCGUCGGGGCAGAUGCCGCACUCCUCCUCGGGUCCGUCCUCGCAGCAUCACCCGCCCUCCUCGCAGCACGGGCAGCGACAGCAGCAGCAGCAGCAGCCGCCGCCGCAGCAGCUGCCUCUUCCAGGGCCGCAUGUCGAGCAGCAGCAGCAGCUGCAUGGCCUAACGAUGCAACAAGCAUCCCGCCCAACAGCCCUACACUCACCCGCUCCGGAAACAUCUUGUCAGCGUGACGGCUCUUCACGCCAAACCCCGGACCAAAACGCCGGAUCAAACGCGGAGGCAGCGGCCGCCGCUGCCGGCUCGCCAAAGGCCCCGCAUUCCGGCAGUGAUGCCGCAAAUGCUGCUGCCGCCGCCGGCGGCGGCAGCACCCAUGCCGCCGCUGACACCGCAGUUCCCUCAGGAGCCGUCACGACCGACGCUCGCUGCGGCAGUGGCGGCGGCGGCGGCUCAGGCGGCGGCGCCGAUGGCGUUCAAACCAGCGGACCAACUGGGGUUGCUGCGGCACGGGCCCCGGUGCACGGCCUGGGAGCUCGUCACGAGACGCCGCCUGUGGCGGUGUCAGCUGGCACACGUCAGGGCCUCAGUGCCGGCGCAGGUGCGGCCCUUGCUGCUCGAUCCGUGCAGGCCAGCAACCCCACCGGCACGCAGGGGGCGGACACGCUGACAGGUGUUGGCGCCACGGCCGGCGAGGGUGCCGAGCGGGGCACUGCAGUGACCGGUGCGGAGCCGAGGUCUCGGUCGGACAGCGGCGGGCAACAGCGCCAGCGCUCGGGGUCAAAGUCGGGUAGCGAUUCGGGCGCAGCUGUGGCAUCCCGGGAGGCAAGACCGGGUACUUCUAGCAUCGGGGCGCAUGCGCCAUUGCUCGGGACAGCGCAGCAUCGAGCUUCCGCCGCUGCUGCUGCUGCUGCUACCGCUACUGCGAAGGGC